ACGACAAAAAUAGACCCAAACUUGUUCUUGGUCAGGUUUACUCCAGUCUCCACCCUCUCUGCUCUGCUCUCCUCUCCUCUCCUCCCCUCCACUGUUAGGGUUUCAGAGUUGGUUCAAUGGAAUGGUGAGUAGCAUUUUAUUCACUACUGCUACAACUACUUUCUCACGUUUCAAUUUCCAAUGUUUAGAUUACUCUGCAAAAGCAUAGUGAUAGGGUCUUCUGUUAGAGCUUCAUCAGUUCAUUAUUUUCUUGAAAACCCUUCAAUACUAUCAUGUCUCAGAUACAUCUCAUCAGUGAAUACGGAUGAUAAUAUAAAAGAACAUUCCUUUACAGUCUCAUACCUUAUGAACAAAUGUGGGUUCUCUCUAAAAUCUGCUUUAGAAGUUUCUAAGCAGGUCCAUUUUGAAACCCCAGAUAAGCCUGAUUCUGUUCUUGCCGUUUUCAAGAACUGUGGCUUCUCAAAGUCCCAUAUCUUGAACCUUGUGAGGAGACGGCCAGCGGUGCUUUUGUCUAAACCUAACACAACACUUUUGCCCAAGCUUGAGUUUUUCCAAUCUAAAGGUUUUUCAAGCCCUGAUGGUAUCAAAAUCAUAUCAUCCUACCCGUGGGUUUUUAAGUACAGCUUAGAAAACCAGUUAGUUCCUGCUUUUGAUUUCCUUGAAAACUCGCUCCAAUCUGAUGCCGUGGCCAUCAAAGCAAUCAAGCGUUUCCCUCGUAUUCUAAAUGUUACUGUUGAAAACAUGGCACGUGUUGUCGAUGUUUUACUAGACAAUGGAGUCCCUGAAAAGAAUAUUGCUCUGCUAAUUCGUUCCCGGCCUUCUAUUAUGGUUUCAAAUCUGGAGAAUUUAAAAAAGCUUAUAGAGGAAGUGACUCUAAUGGGAUUUCAUCCUUCCAAGAGUCAGUUUGUUGUGGCAAUCAGGGUGCUGACGUCCGUGACCAGAACCACGUGGGAGAAGAAGCUUGAUGUGCAUAGAAAGUGGGGGUUGUCUGAGGAAGAAAUUCUUGAAGCAUUUGUAAAGUUUCCAUGGUUUAUGUCCCUAUCUGAAGAGAAGAUCAUGGCAGUUAUGGAUCUUUUUGUCAACAACUUGGGCUGGGAGUCUUCCUAUAUUGCCAAAAAUCCAACUUUUUCAUCAUAUAGCCUUGAGAAAAGGCUAAUUCCAAGGGCUUUGGUAUUGCAAUUUUUAGUUUCUAAAGGCUUGGUUGAGAAGAGUUUCAGAAGCCUUGCAUUCUUCAAUACACCUGAAGAUAAGUUCCGGCAGAUGUUUAUAGAUCACCAUGCUGACUCUACCCAGAUACUGAAAUUUUACGAGGAAAAACUGAAUCUUUCAUCAGUUGUAAACUCUUCCACUUUUUAAAUCACUAUCACUAUACAUUUUUUUCAUGUUGUGUUCUUUGAAUUUCCAUAAAUUAGGCAUUAUGUAUUGCAAUUUAGUUUCUAUAUCAUCUGUUUUUUACUCAAUCAAACCUAGAAGCUCGUGAUGAAUCUGCUUUUGUUGCUUUUGUCUACUCCUCACAAAACACUUGCCCAAGCUUGAAUUUUUCCAAUCUAAAGGUUUUUCAAGCCCUGACCAUGUCAAAAUCAUAUCAUCCUACCCAUGGAUUUUGAAGCGUAGCUUAGAAGACCAGAUAGUCCCUGCUUUUGAUUCCCUUGAAAACUUGCUCCAAUCUGAUGUCGUGGUCAUCAUAGCAAUCAAGCGUUCCCCUCGUAUUCUAAAUAGUAAUGUUGAAAACAUGGCAUGUAUUGUUGAUGUUUUACGAGACAAUGGAGUCCUUUAAAAGAAUAUUGCUCAGCUAAAUUCGUACCCAGCCUUCUAUUAUGUUUUCAAAUCUGGAAAAUUUAAAAAAGCUUAUAGAGGAAGUGACUCUAAUGGGAUUUCAUCCUUCCAAGAGUCAAUUUGUUUCUGCAAUCAUGUGGGGAGGUCCAUGAGCAGAUCCACAUGGGAAAAGAAGCUUGCUGUGUAUAGGAGGUGGGGUUUGUCCGAAGAGGAAAUUCUUGCGUCAUUUGUAAAGUUUCCAUGGUUUAUGGCCCUAUCUGAAGAGAAGAUCAUGGCACUGAUGGAUCUUUUUGUCCACAAAUUGGGCUGGGAGGCGUUCUAUCUUGCCAAAAACCCAUCAAUUGCAUCGAAUGGCAUGUAGAAAAGGUUUGGCUGAGAAGAAUUUCAGAAGCCUUGCAUUCUUCAAUACACCCAGCGAUGAGUUCCGGAAGAUGUUUAUAGAUCACCAUUCUGAAUAUACCCUGAUAUUGAGAUUUUAUGAGAAGAAACUGAAUCUCUAAUCAGUUGUAAACUCUUCAACAUUUUAAAUCACCACCACUCUACAUAUCUAUUUGUUUUCUCUAAGAAUUCUGUAAUUGUGGCAUAGCGCAUUGUUACCUGGUCUGUUUGCAAUUUGUUUCUA